AUGUGCUGUGACUUUUGCUGUGAUCUGUACCGUUGUGUUUCAGCUUCCCCUAUUAAUCAGUCAAUGUUCUCAAUUAGCGAUGAAAGUUCCUCUUUCGUUGUUGAUAUAGAAAAUCAGAUAUGCACUUGUGGGAUGCUUCAAAUUGAUCAACUACCUUGUCCACAUGCUUUGACUGUGUUUGCGAGUAUGAAGAUGGAUCCAUAUGAAUACUGUUCAUAUUGCUACAGAAGUGAAGCAUUCAGAAAUACAUACCAAGAAACCAUUUUUCCUGUAGGAAAACUAGCUGAAUGGAUAGUGUCAAAUGAUGUCCAUGAGAUAGUUGUAAUUGCACCUAAUUAA